GUGCCCUGGUCGUUAGGGGGCGGGCGCGCUCUCGCGGGUACGGGGACGCGCGGUGGCAGCCUCGAGGUAGUAGGCAGUGUUGGCGGGUGCAGGUGAAUUGACAUUAGGUGGUGUUGGGGGUUGGAAAAAAAUCAUAUCGAGAGGAGGUUUCUAGGACCCAUCGGCCAUGAACGUAACCAAAGGUGGUCUGGCACUGUUCUCUGCCAAUUCAUGUACAGCCUACACAGAAUUGGCCAGAAAAAUUUCAGAGCGACUUGGCGUAGAACCGGGUAAAGUUCAAGUCUACCAAGAAGCUAACAGAGAAACAAUAGUACACAUUCAGGAGUCUGUCCGAGGAAAAGAUGUGUUUAUUAUUCAGACUGUUUCAAAGGAUGUCAAUACCACCAUUAUGGAACUCCUUAUCAUGAUCUAUGCCUGUAAGACCUCAUGUGCCAAGAAUAUCAUUGGUGUAAUCCCUUACUUUCCGUAUAGUAAGCAAUGUAAAAUGAGGAAAAGAGGUUCCAUUGUGUCCAAGCUUCUUGCAUCCAUGAUGUGUAAAGCCGGCUUGACUCACUUGAUUACAAUGGAUUUGCAUCAGAAAGAAAUCCAGGGAUUUUUCAAUAUUCCAGUUGAUAAUCUGCGAGCAUCUCCAUUCCUCCUACAAUACAUUCAGGAAGAGAUCCCUGAUUACAGAAAUGCAGUGAUUGUCGCAAAGUCACCAGCAUCUGCCAAAAGAGCACAGUCUUUUGCAGAGCGAUUACGUUUAGGAAUUGCCGUUAUACAUGGUGAAGUGCAGGAUGCAGAAUCCGAUUUAGUUGAUGGCCGACAUUCACCACCAACAGUGAAAAAUGCAGCUGCAAUACACCCCAGCCUGGAAAUACCUAUGGCGAUUCCAAAGGAAAAGCCUCCAAUCACAGUUGUUGGAGAUGUAGGAGGAAGAAUAGCUAUUAUUGUGGAUGACAUAAUUGAUGACGUUGAUAGCUUUUUAGCAGCUGCAGAUACAUUGAAGGAGAGAGGGGCUUACAAAAUCUAUGUAAUGGCAACUCACGGGCUUUUGUCAUCUGAUGCACCCAGAUUGAUAGAAGAAUCCGCAAUUGAUGAGGUGGUAGUAACCAAUACAAUCCCACAUGAAAUCCAGAAACUCCAGUGCCAUAAAAUAAAGACCGUUGACAUCAGCAUGAUCUUAUCUGAGGCCAUUCGAAGAAUCCACAAUGGAAGGUUUCCUGAUUAAUGGUCCAGUGACCAUUGAGACAGGUAGACUUUUUGUGUGUGUAUGAGGUAACGUUGCUGAAGAGUGGACCUCAGGGAUUGCACCAAAGACACCCCUGCUCCCGUCAUGUACAGCAUAGUAAUGUCUGCACCUCAGAAGAGAAUUCAAAACCAGAACGUUCCCCUGGCUUUCUAAUAGAUUGAGUGCUUCACCAACUGUGCCCUGAACCAGUUUUAUAAAUAUUUUGUUUGCGUCUUAACCGGCUAAAUGUGUGAUCAACUGCAGACAAUGCAAACACUCUUUUUGGGGGAAAAAAGGAAAGCUGGUUAUUAUAUUGCUCUGAAAGAACUGUAUAGUUGAAUAAAACCAGAGACUAUCGUGAGAAAAUAGGCCUGGAAUGUUGCAUACUGUCGGGUUUUUAUAUAAUUUGAUUCCCAAUUGGGUGGUAAGUGUAUCCACUGAUUAAAAGUAUAUGUUGACUGGUUUAACAGUUUAAUUUUUUAAAUGUUAUAUUAAGUAAUUGACAGUGGAAGUAGUACAGUGUUGACCAUUACCUGAUAGUUAUAAUUUGCUUGAUUUUAAUUAUUUGUUACUGUGCAAAUGUGUCAAUUUGAAAAGUUUUACUCUGCCAUUUCUUCCCUGACUUCCCAGCUUUAAAUUGAGCAUUUGUUUUAAAUGUAUUUCUACCAUUCUUUUAAUCAGUGAAACUGGCUGGAAGGACUUGAACCAUUGCUGAUCAAGUUCCGUUAACAUCAGUAGUGGUAGUCAUUGAUCCAAAGACUUUGAAGCUUCAUUUUCUGCUUUGUAUCUUGGCUGAUUGUUUAUGUGAUUAUUACUCACCUGUUUGAGGCAAUCAUUCAAAAUUUUAAAAAAAACAAAUGGGCAGAGUAAAAGUAUUGCAGCUUUUUUUAAUGGCAGUUUGGAGUAGGACUUUUGCUGGAAAACAAAUUGAGGUUGUUCAUAUUCUUUUUAUGUAGGACUGAUAACAUCAGCUUGAAGAGAGAUUUUGCCUUUGAGCCUGGGCAAAAUCAACACCAAGGUCCCUGAAGUAAAAGGACAUGGUCUUUCUUGCAUAAUGCUCCAUCUCUAGCCAAUACUGCUGUGAUAAAAUCUAAUAAAGCUUUAAUAGGGAAGAUGAAUGCUUUUAAUUUAUUUAUUUUUAGUUUUUGAUGUCUUUGCAUAUUUAUAAUAGAAAUUUAAUCAUUAUACUUAGCUUUGCAAAGGUCUGCAAAAUGCUGGAAAUUACUAUUAAAGAUUUCUGUGCACUUGCCCAUCUGUUACUUUGCAAUGGGUCACAAGGCCAUGUUUCCACAGAUUAUUGAUAAUUGUUUAUAAGUCAUGCAUUUAGCUGGUGUAUCAAUAUUAAUUAAACAUUUGGAGAAAAAAGCUCAAAAUUGCAAUGUGUGAGGUUUUUUAAAUACGUAUGUAAGAAUUUCUCGUGUGAAAAAUUUGGAAUAAUACAGCACUUUUGUACUGGAAGUUUACUUAAAGGUUGUAUACUAUCUGCAGAUAAAAAUAACUUUCAGCUUUUGAAAAUUUUCAAACUGUUACAGUUUAAUUUAUACUUAUCAAAGUAAUGCCCUAAUUACAUUUUUAAAUGUGGUAACUGACUACCUGUAAAUUUCAUUUGCAUGAUUAAUAUGCAAUAAUGCAUAUUUAAAAGCUGGAUUUCAGCUAUAACUUCGUGGCAAACUUUUUAAAAAUCAUUUGUAUGUAUAAAUAGACAUUUUUACAAAAAAGUCUACUUUGAACUGUUAUUUGAGAGAUCUUUGUGAAUUGUUGCAGUGGUGUUCCAAAUUUUGUCAAAGCCGCACUAACCACUUUGUGUAAUUUUUUUUGAUAUUUUUGGGCUUGCCAGAUUUGUUGGGGUGGGGGGGGAGAAUGUUUGAAUAGGUUCAAUUUUUCUCCACAAUUCUACCAGGUGUUAGUAGAUUUAUUUCAGGUAAAAUGUACAUGCUGAAAAAAAUGAACCAGAUUUUUUUGGUUGGUGCAAUUUGUCUUUUGCUGCUGACCUGGAAAGGAACUGUCCAUAAAAACCUAGAGAUCCCUGUGGCAUUGCUUUUACCCUUCUGCUAAGGGGAAAAUGUGUCAUCAAGGUAAAUAGUCAAUAACAUUUCUGUCAGUCAGCAAACCAGAAAGUAAACCUACUUUGCAUUAUUUCAGUAGAAAUUAAAAACUUGGCGUUAAAAUGUAUUUUGACAAAGUGCAACUUUUGCAAGAUUUUUGUCCCUUUUACACAAGUAGUCUAAUUAGGAGUGAUUUGUACUUAAGUGCAGCCUUGGUGGCACUUUCAUCCAGAAGUAAAUUUUAGAGUAGAUUGCCUGCAGUAUAGAAACAGGACCUUUGUCCCAACAAGUCCACACCGACCCUUAGAGAAUCCAACCCAGACCUAUCCCCCAAACCCACCUAAUCUACACAUCCCUGAAACACUAUGGGCAAUUUAGCAUGGCCAAUCCACCUAGCCUGCACAUCUUUGGACUGUGAGAGGAACCUUGAGCACUGGCAGGAAACCCAUGCAGGCACAGGGAGAAUAUCUGUGUGGAGUUUGCACAGUCACCCGAGGGUGGACUUGAACCCAGGUCCCUGGUGCUCAGAGGCAGCACUACCUUGCCACCCCUACCACUGACAGCAACUUCUGUCAAUUUCAGAGAAGUAAUGGUGCAGGCUCUAGGAAUUUUAAGCUUUUAGUUUUAUUUUUAUUGGUAAGGGUUUAUUUUUAUGACCAUUAUAACAACAACAGGCAUAGACUAUGUUCUUAGUGAAAUAAAAUCGGCAGUAACGUAAACAGCAACAGCUUGCAUUUGUAUAGCACCUUCCAACAUGGCUUCACAAGCCUUAUCAGCUAAAACUGAACAAGGAACUUCAUGCAGAGGUAAUGGAGCAGAUGACUAAGAAUUUAAUCAAAGAUUUGAGUUCAUAUCUGGUGCAUCAGACCAGGUCAACAGAUUACUCAAAAUUGAGUCUGCCAUCUCCUAUAUGGUGUGUAUAUAUGAUUUGAAACCCAAGGUGAGGGGAGAACAUUCUGAAAAUUAGCCAUCCUGACAUUCUGAAAAGAAAAAUACAUGCAUGUCUCCUUUCUCUCAACUUCAAUUGACUAUGUCUUUGGUGUUGUUAAAAUAUUGCCAUAACUGACAUGGCUACUGAACAUCACUACACUUUUUCACUGUAAAUGGAAUUUAGCAAUGUGGUUUGACCAUUUAGGAAUCCUUGAUCAUCAAUUUAUGACCAUGCGCAAUGAAGUUAUUCUAGCGUAUAACAACAGGUGAGAUUUUGAUGUAACUAGAAACAAUUUGGCUCAAUUGAAUCUUUCUCAGCUGUUCUGGGGCAAUUUGCAAAAUUGAAGAGGAAUAGAAACAAAAAUUCUGGGCAUUGUGACUAGAAGGGGAGACUCGUAUGGGCUGCUUGUCAAUGGCUUUGUGCAAAUCAGACCUAAUGCAGGUAAAUUAGGUAUUUACAUUGAGUGUCUCUGUCACUUUUUUCCCCUGUUAUGCCUACUUUAUUGUCACUGCACUAAAGUUUUCCAAUGGGCACAAACAUUUUGAGGGUUUAAUUUUAUUAAGCAGAAUAAUAACCCUAAGGGAUGUUCAGUCCCACUUGCAUUAGCAUUAUUUACUGACUCUGAAGUGUCAUCUGGUUCUACAAUUUUAAUCCCAAAUUUUUCCUGCGUUCCAGUAAGAUUUGAUUUGCAAUUAUUUGAUGUCCAAGUUCAUGAAAGGUCCAUAGUAAAUUAAAUACUCCAAUUGCAUGCAACAAAUAUCACAACUUUCAUCUCUGGUUUGUAUUGCAUUGCAUUGAACUGGAGGGCAUAUUGCAAUUUGUGCAUAAUGAUGUAGGGGUGGGCCAUGUGCCAUUUGUGCUUUUUUUCAUUCAAUUUGAUAAUCUUAUUCCAGGGCAUGGUCGCAAAAAUCAAGGCAGACUCUCUAGUGCAAUACGGACCAAAUAUACUAGUGUUGGUGGUGUUUUUUUUUGGAGAAGAAGACUUUAGAAGACAGAUUAUUCUUUGUUUUAAAGUGCAAGAUGCUAUUUAAUGAUUUUGAAGAAAGCGAGCAAUGUUGUCCAGGUGAAUAUUCUUAAUAUCAAAUAAAUUAUCUAGCUAUUAACACAUUAUUUGUACCAUGUUAGUUGAUGAGCACAUUUCUUCAACAUAUACUAUAUUUCAAAAGUAAUUCAUUGAGUGUAAAAUGCAGAUAUGCACCUUUUUGUAAUCACUGGAUAUAAGUGCAAGUCUUUUUCAUGGCUUUUGAUUUGUAUCUCAACUCAAUUUACCUGUCUGUCCUAUAAUACCCCAGUUACACUUGAAAAUGGAUAAGAUCUUCGUGCACCAUUUUUGAUAUUUUUAAUUGUCUCCCUGAAGGCACAAUAGCAGUUUAUUUGGAGUGAUUUUUCAGGUCUUCGUUGCCAUUUGCAUGAAGAAGUGUUUCUUGACAUUGUCACUGAAAAGCUUAGUUUUAAUUCUGGUCUGGAAUUUGUGCUGUAAUUACUAAAAUGUAUUGAGAAUAUAAAAUCAACAAUUAUUACACCAUUCUACUAGAGGAAGUAGUUUGGCUGUCUGUAUGUACAUAUUGCAUGAGAAUAAAACUAGCCAAAUUCUCAA